GGUGGGCAGGUCUGCGGGGAGGAGGAACCCACUCCGUCCUCGGGAGUUUCCUUGUUGGCGCCACACAGACACAGGGCGAGGACAGUAUGUGGACUCUGGCUUUUCAGUUGGUUGUUAUCGGAUUUUACCUUCAGGUAACCACAUCAUGCACUUUGUACGGACUCGUGGCUGAUUGUGCCUCAAAGGGAUACGACUGGGUUCCGACUCUGCCUCCAAACAUCACCCACCUCUACCUGGAGAUGAACUACAUCAGGGAGCUCAACAGCAGCUCGCUCAGGAGCUAUGAUCAGCUGCGAGAGUUAGAUCUGGGAAUGCAGAAAGUGCAGCUUUUCAUAAGGAACAACGCUUUCCUCAGUCAGAGAAAAUUGACAAAGUUGGUCCUAGGCGCCAAUAUCGGCCUUCAGUUGGAGUUGAGGGCUUUCGCAGGACUGGUACAUUUACAACAUCUCUUUUUGGAUUAUUGCAAUUUGGCAGACUCCAUACUAUCAGACAGUUACCUGCAGCCACUUCAGUCCUUGGAAACACUCGACCUCUUUGGUAAUCAGAUAGUGAGAGUUCGACCGGGGCUGUUCUUUUCGGGACUUCGAACUUUCACACAGCUAAACCUCAAAUUGAAUUUGAUUGAACAAUUGUGUGAAGAUGAUCUUGUUGGUUUCAGGAAAAAAGACUUGCAACUCCUGAACUUGCAAUCCAAUAAGCUCUAUAUCGGCUAUAGACACGGCUUUGACUGGGAGAGAUGCGGAAACCCUUUCAGAGAGAUCACCUUUAAAACCCUUGACUUAUCCUCCAAUGGGUUCAACGUGAACACAGCAAGGCUAUUUUUUAAAGCAAUAGAGGGUACUCAAAUUGCUCAUCUUAUAUUCACUGGGCACAUGGGCAAAGGCUUCUCAUUUAACAACCUUCCCGACCCAGAUGAAAGCACAUUUGAAGGCCUCAUGAACAGUUCAGUUACCACUUUUGAUUUGUCUAAAAGCCGUAUAUUUGCUUUGCAGAGGGCUUUUUUAAGUCCUCUUAAGGAUGCGUUCAUUGUUGACAUUUCCUUGAACAAAAUCAACCAGAUUAACAGAAAUGCCUUCGACGGUCUUCAGGGACAUUUACGAAUGCUCAACCUUUCAUCCAACCUCCUGGGUGAAGUAUACUCUCACACAUUCACCAAUCUGACGGACCUUCGCGUGUUGGAUUUAUCUUACAACCACAUUGGUGUAUUGGGACACAAAGCAUUCAGCGGCCUUCCGAAAUUACGAGGAUUAUAUCUGACAGGAAAUUCCCUUCGGAACCUGGGUUCUUCGGCGCCAUUACCAAACCUAGAUUAUCUUUUCUUGAGAGACAAUAAACUGAAAUCUCUCACGGAAAUCAUUCCAAUGGGCAAAAACAGUAUCUACGUAGAUGUUGCCGACAACAGAUUAACAAACUUGGAAGACGUUUACGAUAUUUUUAUUAAUUUCAAUCGUCUCAAGAGUUUCUACUAUGGCGGCAACUUCAUCAAGUGGUGCACACUGAAUUCAAAAGUUACAGUACCUCGUAAUAAUACAUUGCAGGUGCUGGACCUUCACGACAGUUCCUUGCAUACCAUUUGGGAGCAGGGGAAGUGCCUCGACCUGUUUGAUAAUCUAGAGAAUCUGCUCGGUCUCGAUUUAAGACUCAACUCACUUGCGACUCUCCCAGAAGGUAUUUUCCGCGGCCUAGAGUCGAUCAUAGAGAUCGACCUCUCGUCCAAUGCGUUUACCUAUCUGCAGCCGGACGUCUUUCCAAUCGGCCUGAAGAGACUGGAUCUCUCAAACAACUUUUUGGCCUCCCCGGACCCGGCGACCUUUCAGUCUCUGCUCUUCCUCAGCCUGGCUGGGAAUAGGUUCCACUGCGAUUGCAGUCUGGAGAGCUUUGUGAAGUGGCUAAACACAACGCAUGUGACCUUCCUGAGCCCAGUUGAGGAGUACAAGUGUGAGUUUCCAGCCGCUCUCCAGAAUCUUCCUCUGCUGGAAUACUCUGCGAUUGUCCAACCGUGUGAUGAAGACGACGAAAAGGCCGUCGGAGACCUUAAGUUUGCUCUCUUCGUCCUGUCCGCUCUCCUCAUACUCGCCACGGUCCUCAGCGGGAUCGUCUACGCCCGUCUCCGAGGCCGCAUAUUCAUCGUCUACAAAAAGAUCGUGGGUAGGGUUCUCGAAGGCCCAAAGGCGAUGCCUCCUGUGGACGAAGAGCAGCACGAUGCCUUUCUCUGCUUUAGCGACAAUGACUACGGCUGGGUGGAGGCCGCUUUGCUACAGAAGCUGGACACACAGUUUUCAGAGGAGAACCUCUUCCGCUGCUGUUUCGAGGCCAGAGACUUUCUGCCAGGAGAGGAUCACCUCUCAAACAUUCGAGAUGCCAUCUGGAGCAGCAGGAAGACGGUUUGCGUUGUCUCCAAAGAGUUCCUCAAAGAUGGUUGGUGCUUGGAAGCGUUCGCUUUGGCCCAGGGUCGGAUGCUGGAGGAGCUGACCAACGUCCUGAUAAUGUUGGUGGUAGGGAAGGUGGCUCACUACCAGCUGAUGAAGUACAAGGCAGUCCGAGCCUUUGUCCAGAAAAGGGAGUACCUCACCUGGCCGGAGGACCCUCAGGACAUAGAGUGGUUUUAUGAGCGCCUCGUCUCACAGUUACUCAAAGACACCAAGGUGACAAGGUUGGCAGAGGAGAAACCUGAAGCCGACAUCCGGCCUCAGGACGGGGUCGGGCUUCAGCUCGAGGAGGUUCGGCCUCAGGACGGGGACGGGUUCCAGCUCGAAGACGUCCGGCCUCACGACGAGGCCGGGUUCCAGCUCGAGGACGUCCGGCCUCACGACGAGGCCGGGUUCCAGCUCGAGGACGUCCGGCCUCACGACGAGGCCGGGUUCCAGCUCGAGGACGUCCGGCCUCACGACGGGGACAGGUUCCAGCUCGAGGACAUCCGAGUGAACGCCGUGUGAACUCAACACACCUGGGGUCAGCUGAAGUGUCCCCGGUGAGACAGCACCACUUGGCAGGAUGAGGACCAUGUUGGGACAUACCAACCCACAGAGGAAGUGAAGACUUAACUGUUUAGCCUUUUUAUUUCAAUGUCUUAAGGUGAUCUCUGGUCAAAUAUAAAAUCAUUUUGUUUUUACAUUUUUUUAUGUACCUAUAUUUUUGUCAUUGUUCACAUUUACAGCACUUAGUAAUGACUACAAACAAUAAACGAUUAAGUUAUUAUAUUGUUGGAAUCCAUGUUGUGUUAACUAAAUGAAAUGUUUUAAUGAUUAAAUUAAUGAAGCGUAA